AUGUCAAUUAAUGGUAAAGGCUUAGGAAACAUAAACAGUGAUCCUAAUCCAAGGGAACAAAGGAGUACUGAAACAGACGGAGGUGUUCUAUUCCAGUCCAAUGUAAAUGACGUAGACGAAAAAAACAAAUCAGCCGUGAGCAUCAUGAGGCGAAUGCAUCUUCAUAAUAAUGAUGAUAAGCAAGCUCCUGGUUCAGAACAGAAUGUGGAACAUGAGAAUGAAGAAUUCAAGAAGGAACUGAAACCUAUCUCGCACGGUAAAAACAAAGAAAAAGACAUUACAAAAGAAACAAACGAGCAUGACGCUGCAAUACUAUGGAAAGAUAUAUCUCAUGAUUUAGUAAAGCCAUCCAAUAAUCCCCUAUCAAAAGAUCAUCUAAUUUCUAAGGAUGAAAAUCUGAAAUCUCCUGACGACAAAGAACAACAUUUAUCAGCGAAGGACCCAAGGUCAGCGAAGACACUUGCGAAUACUGAUAAUGAGUUUUCUGAAAAUUCAGGAUUUACUCAUGAUUUUGGUGAGAAUGUAUUUGAUGCGACUGAUAAUUUCAACCAGCCUUUGGGAAAAAAGAAAAUGUCCGUAUUUGGUCAGGAUUCAGUUCUUAGCAAGGAAAGUGAUGCCGAAAAUCAGCCUAGCAAUGAAUUCGAAAAUGAUGAUUGGGAUAGUUCCGAAGAAGAGGAAUAUAAGGAACUUUGUUUAAGAAAAGAAGAACUCAUGAGAUUGAAAACUGAACUUCGAGAAAACUUGAAGAAACCAAAACUAGUCGAAAGAACUCGGAAUUUCAAACUAGAUACAUACUUACAACAUUGUCAACUCCUACAAAAUUAUUCACAUCUGCCGUCAUUAGAUAUUAACCAAAGAUUAGAGCUCGUUAAGAUGUUCUAUCCAAAAAUGGUUAUACGUGAUGUGAUCCUGAAGAAGCAGUCUCCAUCUUAUUGCACCCUCGUUUUUACGUUGAUAUUCCCACAGGUAAUUAAGUUUAAGGUGGAUCUUACAUUUGAUAGUGGGGAAGUAAUCAGGUCUUUGAAAAUAACCAUGGGUCAAAAUAUUUUUGUGAACUCCGAAUGUAAAGAAAUCACAGAACUGGCCAUAUACUGCCGAAAGCGAGCAGAUAUUUCCCUAUUCAUGUUUUCAAUGAACUCGUUCGUUGAUCUUUUCAGGGAAAGAACUGCUCUAUGGGUAGAUUUAUUUGUUUCCUAUUUUCACAAAUCCAUUCGUAUCAACUCUAUGGUAAGCAAGGAACAUCAGAAUGAUAAUCUACGCCUUCUUGGCUACUCGGUGUUGAAAAAUAGUAGAACAUUUGAUUUCAUAUUGCCUACACAGGAGUUGAUAAUCAAUUAUGGCUUUUACUUCCCUGUUCAUCCAAAUUAUUGUGAUAUAUCCUUUGUGGGUGAUUGCAAUUCAUUUCUUACUUGUGUUUUGUAUACAGAAGACAAGGGUAAAGAUAAAAUAUUAGACUUAACAUCGACUUUGAAUGGCUUAGUUAAAGUUGAAGGUCUCUACAACGGAUGUUGCCGGCUUUUGAAUAGCCUAAAGUAG